AUGGAUUUCGGUGAUUCAUCUGGAUCUUCUAACGGUCACGACGAUUACGAAGAUCGUGUCCAUAAUGUCAUUCUUCGAGUUGCCCAACUAGUUCAAAGGCGGCUUGCUGACCAACCUGCCCCAAUCAUUCACCAAAGGGUACCAGUUGACCGUAAUCGUAUUGAAGCACAAGCGCGUUUGAUGCAUGACUACUUUGAUGAUCAACCGCGAUACAACGCGAGACUUUUCAGAAAAAAGUUUCGUAUGACAAAACCUUUAUUUAUGCGGAUAGUUGGUGAUUUGGAGGCUAGGUACCCAUAUUUUCAGACGAGAUAUGACCGGGCUGGGAGAAGAGGGUUCGCCGGCGUACAGAAAUGUACAUCUGCAAUUCGCCAAUUGGCAUACAGCAUGAAUAGUGAUUUCCUUGACGAGUAUUUGCAGAUGCCUGAGCGAACUUCAAGGGAAGCGUGUCUAAAAUUUUGUAUCGUUUCGUUUUCUGCAAAUGGAAACCAUUACGAGAAGGGCUACUAUUUGGGCGACGACAUCUAUCCUGAAUAUGCUACAUUUGUGAAGACGUUUUCCGACCCGAUUGAUGAAAAAAGAAGGCUUUUUAAGAAAAAACAAGAGUCGGCACUAAUGGGUAUUUAG